ACUUGCAACCACCCAAUACUCAAUGCUCAUCGUACCAGUUCAGCGACUAUAGACAAUUUUCAAACAUAAGUGAUAUGUGAUAGUGGAGUCGUCGAGUAUAGGUGACCUUAUUGGCAACAACAGAAGAAUAAAGAUAAAGAGAGAAAUCGGGAAUGGCUAAAGCUGUAGCUCUCUCUCUUCACAUUCUCUUCCUUUCUGCGCUCUUGCUCUCGUCCUUCAACUCAGGUGGAACCCUGAAAUUGGUGAAAGGACAGAAAACUUGGUGUGUGGCCAAGCCUUCGUCAGAUCCAAAAAUCCUACAAGAAAACAUUGAUUACGCUUGCUCGAAUGCGGAUUGCAGUAUUCUGAGAAGAGGUUGUCCAUGCUCCAACCCAGAUAAUCUCAUGAACCAUGCCUCUUUAGCCAUGAACAUUUACUACCAGUCCAGGGGACGGAACCAUUGGAACUGUGACUUCAAGAAUUCUGGUCUCAUUGUAAUCAGUGACCCAAGUUAUGGGAAUUGCCAAUAUGCUUAAUAGUAAGAAAGCUGUAUCUUCCAUGAACAAUAAAGAUGAUGAACUCCACUGUGUUUCAGUCUCGUUACUUUAUUUAGUUACCGUGCUGGAAAAGUGGAUAUUAUUAGAGAAACAGUGAAUUGGAAAUAUUUCUACUUAUAUCAAA